UGCCCUUUCUUUUUACAUUUCUCUUCAAAUCUUUCACGAUGUUUGAGGUAUUAUUCUGUCUUUUUCUGACCACCAUACAAGUCUCGGCAAGUCCAACAUACGUCAUCACAGCGCCAGACGUGUUCCGUGUGGAUUGUGACGUCACAGUGACUGUGGAUUUGGUUGAUAUAGACAAUGUCUCUAUGCGGCUUUCUUUACAACAAUAUCCUAACAGAGAAACAACAUACCAUACUGUCGAUUUCAAGGCUUCUUCAGGUAUGAACAGAGUGAAACUGAGAAUCAACAACGCCCAUUUUAAUAACAGCAGUGAUGACGUAGAACACGCCUAUCUGGUGGCGACCUCUACCGAUCCAAGAAUGACGUUUUCACAAGAAUCAGUGGUCCUCGUUAGCAGGGACUCCGGUUUUAUCUUCAUACAGACAGACAAACCAAUUUAUACUCCUGAUCAAGAAGUAAAAAUCAGAGUUGUUUUGCUGAAUGAGGACAGAUUGCCUAGUUCAAAACCUAUACUUAUCGAUGUCAAGAAUCCUCAGGGCAUUAUAGUACAACGGUGGAACUCCACGUGGUCCAGGCGGUUUAUCGCCCACACAUUUGAGUUACCAGACAUUCCUUUCCUUGGCAACAACUGGACAAUAGAGGCUUCUCUUGCAAAUAAUAAUGCACUCAAGACUACUGCUGUGUUUGAAGUCACGGAAUAUGUGCUGCCUCGAAUUUCCGUAGACAUCGACGUUGGGGAUACAGAGAUAAUCUUACCCACGACGGAUCAGAUUGAAAUAACUGUCAAGUCCAGAUAUGUCUAUGGAAAAGUUGUCCGUGGUGAGGCGUUUGUUUCUCUGGGAGUUCAAGUCGAUGGUCGAUAUGAGUUGUGCCAUUUCAGACUUAACCAGAUGCUCUCCUCUGGUGCUGCCACGUUCAAUGUCAGUAUGGAAGACGUGUCAAACAGUCUACAACCAUACUGGUUUCCAGACGGAGCCAGAUUACAUAUCGAGGCAGAGGUGAUGGAUCAAGCCUCAGGCCGCAAAGAAAAGGCGUUUGAUUGGUCAGUUGUGUUUGCACUGCGACCAUUCAGAAUAUCAGUUGAAAGAACCAGGUUCUACUUUAAACCAGGAUUGAAUCAUGAACUCCAAAUACAUACCAACUGGGUCAAUCGUCAUAAAGCCAAACAUAUUCCACUUUCAUUGGCUACAACUCGUACGUCUAAAUAUGGUAUAGCGGAGGAGGACCCUACACAGCGUCUGACGACUGAUGGUGACGGAAGGGUGGUGUACACGAUAAGUACAAGAACCCUGGACGAGAGGAUACAGUUCAGGAUUAAAACAAAAGACAUGCGCUUUGAAGCAGGUCAACAAGCGAGUUUAACGGUGGAUAUCAAUGCAAUGAGAACAACAUCUCGUGCCUAUAUUAGUAUCCAGGCUACUAAGAAUCAAGACAACAUUCAAGUCAUCAUCUUCACAAGUGAAAUAUUCACGAGUAACGUAACCUACAUGGUAUUGGGUCAGGGAAAGAUUCUGACUUCCGCUUCCGUAACAAUCUACAGCGGUAUCCACGCUGUUAUAAUACCUAUACAAACCGCCAUGACACCUCGGUGUAGAAUCCUAGCUUAUUUUAUCAAACAGACUCCUCUGGGACAGGAGAUUGUAUCAGACUCUGUAGAGAUGAGUAUCGAGGGCAUGUGUAAAACUAAGGAGCUUACCACCAGCGUAGAUGAUGAAGUAGUCCUCCCAGGCGAGUCAUCUGUCCUGAGAGUGACCGGGGCCCCAGGGAGCACGGUGGGGUUCGUUGCUGUGGAUAAAGCUGUUUAUCUAUUGAAAGAAAAAGGGUUUCUGACAAAACAAAUGCUUUUUGAGGAUUUUGACAAGCACAGUACGGACUGCGGAUCCGGGGGAGGGUACAGUUCUCAUCAAAUAUUCCAGGAUUCUGGUUUGACGGUGAUCUCCAACAUCUACAUCCGGGUAUCGCGCCGUGACGACACAGGUUGUAACAGAAUUUCCAGAAGGCGGCGCUCAUCUGACGAAUUGACCAAUAUAAUUGACACACAUCCUUGUUGUGUGGCUGGUGAUCUUUUUGGGAGAAAUAUUACAAACCAGUUGGAAUGUUUUGAAGAAGGAAAAACGGUUUUUAAUAUAACCGGAAGUACAGGUUGUUCCAAAGUUUUCUACAAAUGUUGCAAACGCUUUUUGCCGUUUGGCCCACCUUCCCCAGGAAAGACAGUAAAAGAUGAGGGAAAAGAAUACACAUUCCGGGAUAUUGAUAGUCAAUUACAGCUGUUAAUGCGAUCUUAUUUCCCGGAAUCCUGGCUAUUUGAGGAAGCAAACUUAGAUGCUGAUGGUAACCACACCGAACUCCUACAGACGCCCCACUCCAUCACAACUCACGUGAUACACGCAGUCUCCCUGUCGUCUGCUCACGGACUGUGUGUGGCGGAUCCUGCUGAGAUUGUCGCUUACCAAGAUUUCUUUGUAGAUGUCGACCUUCCCUACAGCAUUGUUAGAAUGGAACAAACCGAGAUCCGCGCCACCAUUUACAAUUAUCGAAACACCAGUCUGCCAUGUCGAAUCUAUAUGAACACAACCGAAGAAAUCUGUUCCUCUAAAACCGGUACGAUAUCCGUUAGAGUCCAUUCCAAUGAUGCAGAAACUGUCAGAUUUCCCAUAGUUCCUCUACGUGCUGGGAAAUAUCCAAUAGAAAUCAUCGUAAGAUCUGUCGGUGUCGGUGAUUUGGUGCGAAAGAUCGUCUAUGUGAUUAAUGAGGGAAAGGAAGAGAGAAAAACUGUAUCCUUCUGGGUUGAUCCUCAUCUUCAGAAGGGAAGACAACAAUUGCAAGGAGAUUUACGAGUGAAUAUUUCACAUCCACAAACAACUCUGGGAUUGCAGAAGACAGAUGUAGAUCUUGUCCUUCCAAAAGAUACCAUUCCAGGGACCGAGCAAUGCCAGGCAGGCGCCACAGGUAAUAUAAUGGACUCCGUUGUAAUGACGGUUAUUGAUGACGUAGAUCAGCUGUUGAAUCGAAUUCCUCAUGGAUGUGGGGAACAAACGAUGAUCACUUUGGCGCCAAUAGUGUACGCACUGAAAUACUUACAUGGAACAAACCAAAUUCAAGACCAUCAUAAAGUGCGGGGCCAGAGAGUCAUAAGUAGAGGAUUCCAGAAGUUACUUCGUUUUCGAAAAACCAACGGCUCUUUUGCAGUAUGGCCUCACAAACCUUCAAGUACGUGGCUGACUGCUUUUGUACUGCGGGUACUCUGUGAAGCCCAGAAGUACUACCACAUUGAUGAACAGAUCAUGUGUUCUGGAAUCCGUUAUAUUCUGUCCAAACAACGACCUGACGGAGCGUUCGAUGACGAAUCACCAGUCUAUCAUAAAGAAAUGCUGGGAGGAAAUAUUGGUGAUAUUUCCAGAACUGCCUUCAUCUUGAUUUCUAUUAAGGAAUGUAGCUGUAAACCAGAGGGAUCCGCCAUCAACAUACAGAGGGCAGUACGGUACCUAGAGAACAAUUUAUUUUACGCCAGGAGGCCCUAUUCCUUAGCUAUAACUACAUACGCUCUCGACCUAUCCAAUAGCGACAAAGUACACGCCUCCAAUAGAAGAUUAAAACUUCUGGCUAAAAAUAAAUUCUUCACGACAACUGGAAUCGACGGUUUCAGGUACUGGGAGGAAGAAACUGAGGAUGUUAGUGAGGUAUACACGUCACCAUGGUAUCGUAGAAACACCCCUGCCAUCAAUGUGGAAGUGACGUCAUAUGCUCUACUUGCACAGUUAGAGCUCAACGAUCUGGAAUAUAGCAAGAAUAUAGUGGAGUGGCUGCUAGAUAAAAGACAGUCAUCAAAAGAAUUUGUUUCAACACAGGAUACGGUGGUAGCUCUCCAUGCUCUAUCGUUGUACAACAUAAGGACGUAUGCUAGAGACAUCAACCUUAACAUUUCUUUGUCCAGUACCAGUAAUUCCGGCUUCCAGAAAGAUCUAGUUUUAUCGCAGCACGACGCACUGGUUCAAAAAUCUGUUGACAAUGUUCCUGUUAAUGGAAAAUUGGGCGUUGUUUCCCGUGGGAAUGGAGUUGCCCGGAUGGACGUGGAGGUCCGGUAUAAUGUGAACGUCAGUGAGAGCCAUCUUUGUAAGUUCAGUGUAGAGGUGUUCGACAAGCCCGUCAAACUGGACCUAUUGGUGGAGAAAGGGUUCACUCCUGACGACCUCCACUGUGACGUCUGUGGCUAUUGUUCGCCCGUAGAUCCUGAUGAGUUUUCGGAAGUUUCAGACAAAUACAAUGUACCUGAUCUCGCUCCCAGAAUUCGGGGUCUGUCCUCUCGCUUAACAAGAUCCGCCACUGGGCAACAGACAAGCAAACGGGUCGUCUGCCUAGAAAUAUGUGUCAGUUACCUUGGAUACCGAAAACUAGAUAUGCCAGUGGUGGAUGUUGGACUACCAACGGGAUUCCGUGUCAUAGAGAGCGACCUCCAGAAGAUAAAAUCUAGCGGAGUUGCAGAUAACUACGAAGUAUCGAAGAGAUCAGUUACACUGUACCUGGAUAAUAUUCCCAGCUUAGACGAUCUGUGCUUUCAGUUCCGCGUGGUCCGAGAAUUUGACGUAGAAAACCUCCAGUCUGCAAAAAUAGAAAUAUACGACUACUACCAAGAGGAGGAAAGAUGUGUGAAAUUUUACAGUCUAAAAUACGAGGUGGCGGAUCUAGACAUUUUCUGCAGCCGGGGUAACUGCACGUGCAUUGAAGAUUCGUGUGCCGAAUCUUGGGACGCCAAACUACUGUACAAACAGAUCUCGAGAUCCCAGCUAUACCAGAGAACGUGUAACCUGUACGAUUACGUUAUUAGGAUAGAGGUAACUAAUGUUAUCGUGUCUGGAAACCAUCUGGUUUUCUCCUCCAACGUCAAAUCUGUCAUCAAGCCAGGGGAGGGUAAUAUACAGCGGAAUGACGAGAUAGAGUUCUGGGUGAACCUCCGAUGUGAAACAGAUUUAGAAGUGGACCAUCAUUAUUUUGUAUACGGCAAAAAGAUCAUCGUGUACACAGACGAGAGAGGACAUAAAAGAUAUCGGUAUUACCUUCAAGGAGAGACGGCCAUUUUCAAAGACUACAUUAGAACUGAGUACGCCGUGAAUUCCAAUUUACGUUUCUGGGGUCGAUAUCUCCGGCGUUUGGAGCGCUACAUCCGAAUCCGAGGCUGCUGAGCUUGUGCUGUGUAAUUUUGUGGACAAUUUUUACUCCAUUUUGAUAUGGGAACUGAAAUGUAAAUAUUUUUCUAUUGUAUAUUCGAUUAUAUAGCACUUAAGUUCUUUAUUUAU